UCUCACUGAAUUCUUUCAUCUUUAGCAACACAUGCUAAAGUUCGGAAGCAUUUUGGUGAUUCGUGUGUGUGUAGCGGUGUGUAGUGACAGAAGUUGCACUUUGUAUAAGCUGGUAAAUGUGUAGGUGGUACUGAAACAUCAUUGAGUAUAACGCAAGUAUGCCACACUUCAAAGUGAAGUUACAAAGCUACAUGUGUUUGAUUUGCAUGCCACUCAUGAAGGUAGAUUGGACUUUGUACAUGUUCUGUAACUCUACAGACUAUCAGCACUGAUAAGCAGCAGCACUCAGUUGAAUAAUUUCCCACAAGCUGCACUGGGCGAUUUAUAAACUAUUAAACUGUUCAAUUAUUAAAACGUCAGAUGCACGAAAUAUAAAAGGAGACUGCAUUUCCCAAGAAUCAUGGCGUCCAGCUCGUUGAGCAGAAGACUGGUGGCUUGUCUCCUCAACGUUUCGGAGGCUCGCAGGAAAGACCUGGUUGAGACUGUAGCCAAGGCGGCGUUAUACAACACUGAAGGUGUUAGACGAGAGGGGACCACAGUGCUGAACAUCUUCAACGACCGGGACUACAACCGCUCCGUCAUCACCAUCGUGUCCGGCAUCGACUCCAUCAGGGAGUCUGUUCUGUCUGCGUGUGAGAGAGCCUGCGGGCUGAUCGACAUGCGCGCUCACAUCGGGGUUCACCCGUGUAUGGGUGCUGUCGACCUCAUCCCCAUCUACCCGCUGGGGGAGGAGGUGGGAGUGGAGGAAUGUGCUAAAGAGGCUCGGGCUGUGGCUCAGGGACUCACAGAGCGCGUCCAGGGCACCAGCGCCUUCCUGUUUGGCUGGGCAGACUCCCCCCUUCAGAGGGGGCUGGCGCAGAGGAGGAAGGAGAUGGGCUGGUUCAAGAAGACUCCAGAUUUACAGGCGAUCAGGGCUGACAUGGGGCCACGGCCGCAGAGGCAGUUUGGUCUCACAGGUGUCGGUUCCAGUCCAUACGUCAUGAACUGUAACGUCACCAUCGACACCCAGGACAUCGCCAUGGGACACGGCAUCGCCACAGCCAUCAGGGAGUCGACCCCGGGGGGAGUGCCUGGGGUGCAGGUACUGGCUUUGCCACAUGAGGGCGCUGUGGAAAUCGCCUGUAAUGUGGAAAGCGUGAAGGGGAGUCCAACUGUUUACAUGACCACAAGUGAACCGUGGCCUUCUUUCAGCAUUGACGGCCAGCCGUACUGUCACGCUCCAGCUUCACUCAUCACGGCGAGGGUCGCAGAGCUGGCGGGGAAGCAGGGGGUCGGAGUAAAGGGCACGGCACUGGUGGGGUUUACCCCCCACGAGUGCAGGGGCCUUGCAGAGUUAGCUAUUUCUCAGGGGAUCGCUGAGUUCUGGAAAGAUCAGCGCAGGAUCCGCAUGUGAAAAACAAUCCUCAAGCAAAGCAUCGUCAUCUGUGUGAUGUCACUUAAAGUAAGAUGGGAAUUGACUGUAUGUGAAAUGAAGCCCCGCCCCCCUCUGCUUACUUAGUCAACACUGCUCAGUUUUCUAUCUGAAGAACAUUUUUGGUUUGAAUACUCUUUCGGUUGGACUAUUUUAAAGAUUUGAAUCACCUCAAUGGUUUGAUGGUCAGGAGGACCGGUGUGCACAGACAAGGAGUUCCUGUCCAAUGUUUCACUUCUUUAAAUAGUUUAACUGGUCGGUCUGUUAAACAAAGGAAACUGGGAGUAAAGAAUAUAAACUUAAAAUCCUGAGAAUAGAGUCUUACUGUAUUACAUUUUUCCUGGCGUCUCCCAGAGGGGAAAAAGGUUUCAACUGCCUUCCUGUGUUCAUCAAACUCCACAACGUGCAGUUUCUGUUCAGCUCUUUCAGUACCAUCUCUUUGCACUUUGUGGAUUUUGCAUUUCUGCUAGCUGCUGGUAGGUUAGUCGAGCUCUUAGAAUUAAGGACCCGCAGCUCAAUUUGUAAAGAGUCGGACUGCUCAACUUUUGUUUAAAAAAAAAAAAAAGUUUUGUGGCAUUCGAGCACGAGUGCGGACAUUUCUUCUUCCUCAGUCGGCUGCUUUUGCCCUGUACCUACAUGAUGUGCGUAUAACUACCUCCUCCUUCUACUGUGCAAACAUAUGCAAAUGAAAACACAACAUAUCACAAAUAAUACAAAAUAAUAUAUCUACAAAAGCAAACAAGGCCGUCAGUGUGGAGACUGACUCAUUUUACAUGGUUGUGUUUUUCUUCUGAUCUCUAAUAUCCCUCGGUUUUAAUCAAGUUUAAGACUUGCUGCAUUCACAGAUUUCAUUUGUUUGUUUUUCAACACAUCAAUUUGAUUUUAAAAAGCCUUUUAAUAGAAAAAUGUAAAAUAAAUAAUAUAACACUUAA